AAAGUUCGAGCAAAGAUGCUUUGUAAUGCUACGAGAUGUGCUACACCGUGUAACAUUCAAUAUCCAUUAAACACAGCCUGAACAACAACAACGACGGGGAUUAUACACAGACGAUAAAGUCACGUUUGCAGUAAAUACAUAUUGUUUAGUUAGUUUGCUUUGCUUUCUCUCCGUGCGCAGGAAGCAGCCGGGAGUGAGCGGUCACUGUGCCGAUGACAUCUUUGCGCGGCUGCACCGUUGAAUAACACAGCGAGCUAACUGGAGAUAAACAAAAGUGUUACGGCUCAUACAAAGCGCACAGCUAUGGCAUUACACUUGUUAAGUUAAUACGCAGCGUUCAAUGACACUAUGUCAGCUCUGUUGUUGUUGCAGCAGCGCGCUGCCCUUUGCAGGAAACACAGCAGAGCUCUGUUGUGGACGCUGUCAAGGCGAAACUCCCAUUUAUUAUUAGUAAACAACCAGAAAUCCAAUCCAGACGGUGUUACAAAUGUGCUGUCCAGGUGGGACAAUGUCACCAAGCUGCUGCUUUCUAGAUCACAGCGGACACUCACAGGUCAGCCACAGAAACUCAUUCAGAGUCUUCUCCACAGACCGUUGGGUCCCGGCAUGGUCGGAAUCAGCAAAGAGUUAAUCAGGAACAACUUGCUGAGGAACCCUGUCGGUCUUGUAAAUCUAUUAGGGGCAACAAACUUCUUCAGUAAGUCUCAGUCUAAGCAAGAGAAAAAAAAAAGUAAUGGACCAAAGGGAAAAACUCCACAGGAAGAUGAAGAGGAGAAGAAACGCCGUGAGCAAGAGGACCAGAUGUACCGUGAGCGUCUGCGGACCCUCUUCAUUAUAGCCAUCAUCAUGACCCUGCUGAACAGUAUUAAUACCAGCGGCGGUAACAUCUCUUGGAAUGACUUUGUCAAUGAGAUGUUGGCCAAAGGAGAGGUGUCACGGGUGCAAGUCGUUCCCGAGAGCGACAUUGUAGAAAUCUACCUUCACCCUGGAGCGGUCAUUUUUGGAAGGCCUAGGCUGGCGCUCAUGUACAGAAUGCAGGUUGCCAACAUCGACAAAUUUGAGGAGAAGCUGAGAGCUGCUGAAGAAGAGCUGAAUAUCGACUCCAAGGACAGGAUACCUGUGUCCUACAAACGCACUGGAUUCUUUGGGAAUGCAGUCUACGCUCUGGGGAUGGCUGCCAUUGGCGUGGCUAUUCUCUGGUAUAUCUUUCGACUAGCAGGCAUGGGUGGCAGAGAGGGCGGCUUCAGUGCUUUUAAUCAGCUAAAGAUGGCCAAGUUCACCAUUGUGGACGGCAAGUCGGGUAAAGGCGUGAGUUUCAAAGAUGUAGCAGGCAUGCACGAAGCUAAGAUGGAAGUAAAGGAAUUUGUGGACUACCUUAAGAAUCCAGAGCGAUACCUCCAGCUGGGAGCCAAGGUUCCCAAGGGUGCGUUGCUGCUUGGGCCUCCAGGCUGUGGGAAGACUCUGCUGGCUAAGGCUGUAGCCACUGAGGCCCAGGUGCCCUUUCUGGCCAUGGCUGGCUCUGAGUUUGUGGAGGUCAUUGGAGGCCUGGGUGCUGCUAGGGUCAGGAGUCUGUUCAAGGAGGCUCGAGGCCGAGCACCCUGCAUCGUCUACAUAGAUGAGAUCGAUGCUGUGGGAAAGAAGCGCUCCACCAACAUGUCAGGUUUCUCCAACACUGAAGAGGAGCAGACCCUCAACCAGCUGCUGGUAGAGAUGGAUGGAAUGGGAACAACCGACCACGUCAUUGUACUUGCUUCCACUAACAGAGCAGAUAUCCUGGACAACGCUCUAAUGAGACCAGGCAGACUGGACAGGCACAUCUUUAUAGAUCUGCCCACACUGCAGGAGAGGAAGGAGAUCUAUGAGCAACAUCUGAAGAUCCUGAAGCUGACCCAGCCUGCUAAUUUCUACUCUCAGCGUCUGGCAGAGCUCACACCAGGCUUCAGUGGCGCAGACAUUGCGAACAUUUGCAACGAAGCUGCCCUGCACGCUGCCAGAGAGGGUUACAAGUCCAUCGAUACCUUUAACUUUGAGUAUGCAGUGGAGAGAGUAUUAGCAGGAAGCGUAAAGAAGAGCAAGAUCCUGUCGAAAGAGGAGCAGAGGAUAGUUGCCUUCCAUGAGUCUGGACACGCUUUAGUGGGAUGGCUACUUGAGCACACAGAGGCGGUAUUGAAGGUGUCCAUUGCCCCGCGGACUAACGCAGCUCUGGGAUUUGCCCAGAUCCUGCCCCGUGACCAGUACCUGUUCACCAAGGAGCAGCUGUUUGAGCGGAUGUGUAUGGCUCUGGGAGGAAGAACUGCUGAGGCUAUCACUUUUAACAAGGUUACAACAGGAGCUCAGGAUGACUUGCGUAAAGUGACACGUGUGGCCUACUCUAUGGUGAAGCAGUACGGCAUGUGUGACAGUGUCGGCCAGGUCUCGUUCCCAGACACAGAGGAGCAAGGUGCCAUUGGCCGUCGUCCUUUCAGCCAGGGCCUGCAGCAGCAGAUGGACCACGAGGCUAAGAUGCUGAUAGCCCGUGCUUACAGACACACAGAGAAGCUGCUACUGGACAACAGAGACAAGCUGACACUGUUGGCCAAUGCGCUGUUAGAGCAUGAGGUGGUGAACUACGAUGACAUUGAAGCCCUGCUUGGUCCACCGCCACACGGACCCAAGAAGAUGAUCGUCCCGCAGAGCUGGGUGGAGGCUGAGCGGGACAAACAAGACACAGGAGAAGACGAACCUCAACCGCCUCCCCGUAAACAAAGAGAAGACGGCGAUGUGGAUCCACAGCUGGUCUGAUCUUUAAAUGUAUUGUCUCAGAAUUAUUUCCCAGCUGCUGCGCUUUGCAGGGUCAUCAGGGGCUAGCUAAAUUUUAUAAGCUUUAUAAGCCUGAAA